CACGUUUAAUCUGCGAUCACCCUAAGGGUGCAUUCUUUGGGAAAGCUUUAGCACCAUGCUGAAGCACGCAGCUAAGCUCUUGCCAGUGGCUAGGGCGCAGGUCUGCGACCAUGCUGAGGUGCAGCUACUUUCCGUUCGUGGCAUAAACUUUUUCAACGCGCCGAACGGUCCUUCUGUGAAGCAAGUAAGCAUCGAGGACGAGUGGUACAACCGGCAACGAAACAUCUUUCAGCUCCUUGAUAAGCAGCCAUAUUUCCCCGUGGACGUCUUCGUUGCCCCGAAUGCGGUUGUUUGUGGCGACGUGGACAUCUACGGAGGGGCGUCUAUUUUCUUUGGCGCUGUGCUUCGCGGGGACCUGAACAAGAUUCGGCUUGGCAACCGGUCCGCAGUGCUGGAUCGCGCUGUUAUCCAUGCUGCUCGGGCCGUGCCGACGGGAUUGAAUGCGGCGACGCUUAUUGGCGACAAGGUGACGGUGGAGCCAUACGCGGUGCUGCGAUCUUGCCGCGUGGAACCAAAGUGCAUUAUCGGCGCCCGGUCAGUCCUCUGCGAGGGCUCAGUAGUGGAGGCGGAGUCCAUAGUGGCGCCGAACUCGGUUGUGCCGCCGGCCCGGCGCAUCCCAUCGGGCGAGCUUUGGGGUGGGAACCCAGUGAAGUUCAUCCGAAAGCUUACAGCGCAUGAGCGUGACCGCGUUCUGGACGACGUAGCAAAUCAUUACCAUAACUUGGCGGCUAUGUUCCGCCGGGAGCAGCUUGACCACGGCACGGCCUGGCGCGACGUCGAGGCAUGGCGGCAAAAGCUGGUGGACCACGGCGAGUACCAGUGGAUUAACUUCAGGGAGCAGAAGUAUCUGAUGCGCCUGCAGCACGAGGCGGAGGCUAUGGAGAAGCUGGCGAGCUGAACGGCAGCGUUAUAUGAGGACUAUAGCAGUGUACACACCAGCCCGCAAAGUAUCCAUGCUGGAAUGCUUCCCGAAAUGCUUCGGCAUUUGCGGGUAUCGCGGCUGUGGGUAUUGAGCAGCUCUUGACAGAUGAUUAUAAGCCCCGGGGUCGUAUGCGCCGUUUGGCAUGCUGUCAGGCAUGCCCACAGUUGCUGUGCGUAUCGAUUACGGAUGAAACCCGGGUCGAAGGGAUGGUGCGUUAGCCUGUAAUGCGUGCGCCAUAAUCCUUUACCAAUGUGUCGUUGGUUGGCUUAAAAGCUGGUUGUGCUUCACCAUAUAACCAUCUCUGGGGAUUUCGGUGGAGGUAUGUGGGAGUUUGCUUCGUCCUGGUUUUGCUCAGUGCCGUGCGUGCUAAGGUCUCGGUUUGGGUCGGAGUUUAGGGUUCUGGAUUAAUAGUUUACACGCAUCGCCUGAUGCCGUCAAACAAUCAAAAACACGUAAGACAUGGGUCUUAGGCAUCGGAAGCAAUCAUUAGUCGAACAGAAGGGUAUCACACCGCCCGCAAAAAGAGGGUGGCGUUGGGUACAAGACCCGCCUGCCGUAGCGUCUCCGCAUCAUCCGUGUAAGCCUUCGCAGGAAAAGCGCUGCGGAUUUCGUACGACAGUCCGGAAUGGGUCGCCUUCGCGUGGUGCGCGUUUAGGCAUGCCCGCAAGCUGCCAAUCGUGUCGUCGUACUUCAACUUCAAGAUGUAGGUCUGUUUGCCAUCCACACUCUUGACUUGCAGCGUCGCGACCUCGGCUGCCGGCGGUUGCCCAUCACGUGAGGGAGGCGGAAGCGAGGGACCAACAUGGUUGCGCUGCAUGGUCGAUAGCAGCGCAUCCACGGGCGUUGAAAUGAGAGCUAUAUCAGCCUUAUUCCCAUCGCUAGGGCCACCGCCCAACACCUUGGCAAUGUCUGAACGGAUCUCAAUCACCUUCCCAUUCUUAAUCACUGCUUGCGGCAGCCGGCUCAGGAACUUAUCGCGGGACAUGGGCUCGGGCCUACAACCCUGAGCGUCGAUAUCGUCAAAGGUGCGGAUGUUGCCACCGCGGCUGCUGGCCGUCGCAGAAACGCCGCUAGGGCCGCCGCUGCGCUUGGGCGGCGUACUGGCGUAGCUCUCUGAUGUCUUAUCGACUACACGCAGAGGCACG